AUGUCGGUUACGCGAGAGCCUUGGGUGCAGCCCGGACUCAACUACUCGAACGUAAAUCAUCUGGAAGACUUUUGCAAGCAAGACGGCGGCUCAUGGAACGUCACUGGCAAGUGGCGCACGCCUAUUCCUCCCGCUACCCUGGAGCAACUGAUGGGUAAUGCAACAAAACAUGGACACAACUACAUCGCUUACAACAGUGGCGUAAAAUCCGUGCCAGGCAAGUUCGCCGCCCUGGUGCUGAUGCUUUCGAUCCUCAUGACAUUUGCAUCUGCAGCUGUCGUGAGUCCGGUGAAAGGCGACUUACUACUCGAGCGCGCCACCAAUGGGACAGAUUCCCCCCAGCUUCAGCCGUGUGUCAAGCGAGCCGUCGAGGUGGGCGACGGCAAUCCCCAUCAAUCUUGUCGAUGGAAACAGGUCACUGGCGAUUUGGACUGCAAAGGUGGGUCCUGCUCAGUGACGCACUUGGAAACUCGCAGCCUGAGCUGGUCGAUCGGUUUUGGUGGUAACGGAGGUGAAUUUACUACUGCUGGAUUCGAUGUCUCCGAGAGCUACACCACCGGCAACAGCUACACUUGCUCUGCGAAAGCAGGCGAGACGGUAUGCGUGACUGCACUGGUCGGCUACACGGACUAUACAGUUCAGGAGAGAAUUGUCUCGGGCGAAUGCACAUCCGUUCACUCCGACCCGUACGUUAUCUAUGCGCCGAACAACUACGAUCAGCAGCACUACCGUUGCCACCAUGGCAGCAACUGCCACGGCUUGGAUUGGGAGAAAUGGGACCACAACGCCAAGUCAUGCCGCGAUGACUAG